GAAGGGGUUGCUAAGCUUCAUCAUGGCUGAUGGCGAGGACGUUUAUGGCUUGAAAGGGGUGCUGGUCAUGUUCCAGAGCUGCCUGAACAGCCAGGAAGAAAUCCUCAUGGACCCCUAUCUAGGAGGCUGGAAAGGGCUCGUCAGGUUCCUAAACACCAUGGGGCCGAUCUUCUCCUUCAUUUCCAAAGACGCGGUGAGCAAAAUCCAGAUCAUGGAGAACUUCCGCAGCAACGAGCAGCGGGAGGACUACGUCACCCUCCAAGCCAUGGUGAACUACGAACUGGGCAACGGGUUGGUGGAUCUGAGGGAGCCUGGCGCCUACCCUGCCUCAGGCUGCCGAACUAUCCUUCGCCUCCACCGGGCCCUGCGCUGGCUGCACCUGUUUUUGGAGGGCCUGAGGACUAGCGGCCCCAGUUCCAAGACAUCGACGCUGUGCACGGAUUCCUACAACGCCUCGCUGGCCAACUACCACCCCUGGAUCGUCCGCAAGGCAGCCACCAUGGCCUUCUACGCCUUGCCCACCCGAGACGCCUUCCUGGAAAACAUGAGAGUGGGCACCACCGAGGAGGCUAUUGAGAUGCUGGGCGAAGCUUUGCCCCACAUCAGCAGGGUCUACGAGAUCACGGAAAGCCUCUACGCAGAGCACAAGCUCCUUGACCUCCCCUGAGGGGGGACCGGAGAUGAUUGGCAGCUCCCCCUGCUGCUACAGCCCCACAGAACCCCUCAAAAAUCACCCCCUGCUCUUAUCAAUCAGGUUUCUUCUUGGAAAGCUCCGAGGCCUUCAAGCCGUCCCCGGUUUGGGUUUCUGGCACUGAAGAUAAAAUGCCUAUUUAUAUGCUGUUUUUCCCAAUCAAUAAGCUCUCUUCCUGCCCUUUUUCCUCUUUCCAAAAGCUUUGAUCCAGAAAUGCAUCCAGUCCCUGAUCGAUCUUUCUCUCUUUCUUUCUUUCUUUCUUUCUUUCUUUCUUUCUUU